AUGGCAUCUGGUUCAACCGCUUUAGGUUGUCACCGAGGGCGAGAAGAACCCACAGCUUUGCAAAAUGAUGCUGUUUCGUCGCGGCGGCGGCGGCGGCGGCGGCGCUGAUGGCGUUGCGGCGAGCUUGAUGAAGAUAGCGGCGAGGCACUUCUCGAGAAAGAGAGCAGAGAAUGUGAGGAAGAUCAAUCCCAAGGUUCCACGAGAGGAGGCCAAGGUCAUCGCCAAUGAUCUCUACCAGAUCAUCAAAGAUCAUGGUCCUCUCACCGUCUCCAACACCUGGAAUCUCGUCAAGGAAGCUGGUAUUAAUGGCGUGAAUAGCAAAACUCAUAUGAAGAUCAUGCUGAAAUGGAUGAGGGGAAGGGAAAUGCUGAAGCUGUUCUGUAAUCACCAUGGUUCCAGCAAGAAGUUUCUUGUUUCGACACUGCCUGAAGAGCCACAACCAGUCCUUCAAGAGAGUUCUUCGGUCCUGCCCUCGGAUACACAAAAGCCUUCACUGCAACAGAAGCUGCAUAAAAAGAAGCAUAUCAAAGAGCAAGCAUUGUGAGGAUUUAUUCAUAGCCUGGUGCUAUCUGGAUGGAAGAAUUAAACCUUUUUAUUUUUAGUUCAUCAUUUGCAACCAUAUCAAUCAAAUUGCUAGUAGUUGUAUGGUGAAUGUAAGUUGGCAUAUGAUUGCAGAUCAUAACUCAUAUAAAUCUUUCCGUCUCUCCUUUGAUUUGUUUAA